AUGGACAUGGUAGCAGCAGAGUGCAGAAUGCAGGAAGACAAGCAAGCAGUAACGACUGAGGCUACUGGCACGAGUAUAGUUCCCCAAGAGGGCUGGAUUGGAAUUCCCCCGUUGCACCAUCAGAUGGAGCUAUGGAUCCCCGACACAGCUGAAGAACUCGCUCGCCAAACGGUGUCUUCGGCGGUGCACUUCCCAGAGACCCGACGACGCCAUUGCCGCACAGCGUCGCCCAGGAACACCGAUGUGUCAUGGAAGAAUAUGCCUACUCACCUCGUCCCUUUUCUUCCUUACAUUGAGAAGAGGAACCCAGAGGCAGACACUAGUGUGUUAGCUCAGGACGCUACGAUUAUGGAUGUCGGCAUCAUCCAAACGUGGAUAGAUCGUUGCGAAAAACUACAUGGAAUACGCUGCCAUGGUAGCAGAACCUCACAGAUGCACUCGCCAUUUCCGUCCUAUUUGAUUGAUGUUGAGCGAGGGUGUUUGGUGGCGGCGCCCGAACGCCCACGUUAUGUUGCCUUGAGCUAUGUUUGGAGUGGGGCAGAGGCUUCAGCUUGCGCCACGAUAUCGAACCUGAAAGAGCUUCAAGAGCAUAACGGACUCUACAACGGGAUCAUAUCGCUACCUAGUCUUAUCAGGGACGCCAUCAAUCUGAUCAGGGAUUUGGGGCUUCCUUAUCUAUGGGUGGAUCGGAUCACAAUCAUCCAAGACGAUGACGCAACUAAACACCAUCAACUAAGUGCCAUGGGAGAGAUAUAUGCAGGUUCACUCUUUACUUUAGUCGCAGCUCAGAACGAAGAAGCGAGCCUGAGUCUUUAUGGACAUCGUAGAAUGGCGCUUGUUCAUGGUGAUUCUCCUUCAAAACAAGAGAAGAAAAGGGCAGACGGACAACAUCUAGAUUGCGCAAAAUAUAUGCUUGAUCAAGCGAUAUCACUCAUGCAAACCAAGUGGUAUUCGCGAGGCUGGACUUUUCAGGAAUACAUAUUCUCUACACGAAGGGCCAUCUUCCAAAGCGAUACAGUCAAUUGGGAAUGUCUAUGUGCUUCCUGGCAUGAGUGCCAGGAUAUAUCCCGACUUACACUCGCUCCUUCACACACCCCAACACCAAACUCUCAUGCUUCUGCAACUGAAAUGGAUGUACCUGUUGCUGGUCUCAAUGAUUCACCUUGGCCAGAUAUGAUUCGAUACACAAGGCUCAUGACUCUAUUCAAUGAACGGGACUUGACCUUCCCGGAAGAUGUUCUUGAUGCGUUCGCCAGUUGUCUGGCACAUUUGAGCAGCGUGUUCCCAGGAGGUUUCAUAUCUGGUCUACCAACAAUGUGUUUUGACGCCGCGCUAUUGUGGCAACCAUGGGCAUUCCUAAAGAGGCGAAAACCGCGAAGACUGUCUGCUGGCGAAACAAUCUUACCUUCAUGGUCUUGGGCAGGAUGGGAAGGCAUUAUCAACUUAGAGAGCUGGAAAAGUGCUGCCAAUUACCAAUUCGAGUAUUGGCCUCUCUCAGAUAUACCACAAUACACUUCCUGGCGGACCAUCAGUACUAUUCAAUGGACGUAUUCAAAAACGCUGACGUCGGAGCGUUCUCUGAUCACUAUGCCUUUGCAAUUUAGGCGGCCAGCGUUCACCAAACCGGGAGAUAGCCUCCCUCCAGGAUGGACCUUGUCUACAAGCUUGGGAGAGGACGGAUAUGUAGUUCGACAUUCGUGUGACCCUUCCGUACCCUUUCGCUUCCCCAUCCCAAUUUUGGACCAGACAAGCCCCCGGCAACCUGUGGUAAACGCUCGGUUUCUACAUUGUAUUACGAAACACGCCUUCCUUAUACUGGGCAAAGAAUUCCUCAACACGACGUCAGGCUGUCCUUCCAUACAACUUCUUACAGAUUCUGGUCGUUGGGCUGGAUGUCUCCGACUCAAUUUUAUACCUUCGCAUGCGCGUGACGAAACUUCAACCUCGUCAGCCCCAGCCCUAAAACACCGUUCUCGGGAUACCUCUAAAUCUCUUCCGAGCUUCUCAUUUACUACACCCUUGCACACUGAAGUCGCGGAUGCGCUUUACGACCCGGCUCGGAUGGGAGAUGAGCUAUGUGAGCUUAUUGAGAUAUCUGCUGGUUCGGUCGAAGAUUGGGAAAUCGAUGCUCGAAGCUUUGACGAAUGGUACCAAGAAGAUUGCGGCUGGAAGCAAGGGCUGUACGAGUUCGUCAAUGUACUCUGGUGA